GCAGCUUCAUCUAGAGGCCACGAGCAAAUAGUCAAGAUGCUGCUGGACAACAAGGCCGACGUCAAUGCGCAGGGUGGGACCUACGGCAACGCUCUGCAGGCAGCUUUAUCUAGAGGCCAUGAGCAGGUAGUCAAGAUGCUGCUCGACAACAAGGCCGACGCCAAUGCGCAGGCUGGAUACUACGGCAACGGUCUGCAGGCAGCUUCAGCUGCAGGCCACGAGCAAGUAGUUAAGAUAUUGCUGGACAACAAGGCCAACGUCAACGCGCAGGGUGGAUACUACGGCAACGCACUGCAGGCAGCUUCAGCUAGAGGCCACAGGCAGGUAGCCAAGGUACUGCUUGACAACAAGGCCGACGUCAACGCGCAAGGUGGACGUUACGGCAGUGCCAUGCAUGCAGCUGCGUAUGGAGGGCACAAAGAGGCGCUUGAACUCUUAAUCUCGAGUGGCAGCAUCUCACAGCUCCAAGAUUACUACGGCCGGACGUUGCUUUGGUGGGCAGCGGCUGGUGGCAACAUCGCUACUGUGGAAGCACUCAUCAAUCAGCACAACGUCGACCCUCAAACAGCUGACAGGUUUGGGCGAAAGCCCUUCUGGAUUGCUACGAAGAAAGGACAUGGCGCAGUAUCAAAGCUCCUGAACGGCUAUAUUGAUGAAACUGACACUGAGCGGAAAGCGUCAACCAAGGUUAAUAAUGACCAGCCGUGUCUUGAAUGCGACGUCUGCACAUCGAGUAUCCCGACAAGUGCACGUCAUUACCAUUGCAAUUUCUGCACUGGUGGAGACUGGGACGUGUGUGAAGACUGUAGGAAAACUGAAGCCACUUGCGUAGAACCGUCUCACACUUUGGUUAAACGUACAAUGCUUGAUGGAGGUUGGGUCGAGGUCACAGGUUGAAUCUGGCUGGACGCAGACCGUGGGAGUUCAUAGUUGUAUUUAGUCCAUCAUAUCUGCACGUCCUCCAGUUCAUCUAGAUAGCCAACGAGAGUAGCGCAUCGACAUUUCAGACCGACACUAUUGGCUACAGGAGUUGUAAGCUCUAAAUAUGGAAGACGACGCAAGUUUAACGGUGCGCGGUGGCAGGAAGGCCCUGGGAUCGCUAGCAUGAGAGCUUAUAUGACAAGCGACAUCCAAUUAUGCUGUAUUACUUUAGACAGAAUGCCUCAGCUGCAGACGUAUUGUGAGAUAUAACAGACCCAACAUACGCUGCUAUGUAAGCGUACUAAAUCCAGUCGCACA